GAGCAGAGGUUCCCCAGCCAGUCACGUCCUGCGAGGGGGUGGGGGGAUGGGGGACGGAUAGCCUGGGCCGGCGCAUAUUUGGGGACGCGUCCUGGUUCUAGGAGCUUCCAGUGGCUGCCUUGCACAAGUGACUCCUGGGCCCAGUUCUGAGGCAAAGAUGCCUGCCCUUCACAUUGAGGAUCUUCCGGAAAAGGAAAAGCUGAAGAUGGAGGUUGAGCAACUUCGCAAAGAAGUGAAGUUGCAGAGACAACAGGUGUCUAAAUGCUCUGAAGAAAUAAAGAACUAUAUUGAAGAACGUUCCGGAGAGGAUCCUCUCGUGAAGGGAAUCCCAGAAGACAAGAAUCCCUUCAAAGAAAAGGGCAGCUGUGUCAUUUCCUAACUCUGGGGAAACUCUAUUCUCACUCGCGGCAAGUUGUUCCUUUAUUUGUUUUAUUUUUCCCCGAAAUAAAAUCAAAGUGUAUUUUAAAGAAGAUAAAAAAUGUAAUUGAGAAGAAAACUGCUGCAGGACUCUCCAGGAAGUUUAUGUGCGACUGUGGUGUGUGCCUGCUUCUGACUCGUGCUCAGGAUACGCCCGUCUUCGGAGGGCAGUGGUGGGAUGAAGGCAUGACCCUACCCUUUCAGUGAGCUGCUUGCUGCCUCCAAUAAAGUUUGUCUUGGGAAAAUUA